CCCCCCCCCCCCCCCCUGGACGCAAUCGCAGGGCAAAGGCGGCGUGUCGUAAGAUACAACCAACACAACAUGGCGGCCCUUCGUGUCUCUCGAAUUUCGCUUCUGCGCCCGAUACCUUCGGGGGCGAGGGCACUUGGUCCCAAGGCGAGGCCUUUCUCUGUUUCGGCGGUCAGGACCGCCGCCUCCAGCCUGUUCCCGGACGAGCCCGCCCGUCCGACCGUCAAGACAGACAUCCCAGGCCCUGUGUCAAAGAAAUACAUCGACGACUUGCAUGAGGUCUUCGACACACGAAGUCUUAACAUGCUCGCUGACUACAACAAGAGCAUUGGCAACUACAUUGCCGACCCGGAUGGCAAUGUCCUCCUCGACGUCUUCCCAUCAUGCUAUGCCCAAAUUGCUUCCAUCCCCUUGGGGUACAACAACCCAGGCCUCAUCGCUGCUUCGAAAACUCCGGAGAUGGUCAGUGCCAUUGUCAAUCGCCCGGCUCUGGGCAAUUUCCCUCCCUACGACUGGGCCGACACCCUACGCUCUGGCAUUCUCAAGGCGGCUCCGCCGGGUCUCAACCAGGUCUUCACCGCCAUGGCCGGUUCUGAUGCCAACGAGACGGCCUACAAGGCAGCAUUCAUGUACCGCCGACAGCGUGAGCGUGGAGGGCCCCAAGCUGCCUUCACCGAGGAGGAGCUCAACACUUCCAUGAACAAUACCAUGCCCGGGUCUGCCAAUAACCUUUCCAUCCUCUCCUUCAAGACGGGUUUCCACGGCCGGCUUUUCGGCUCCCUCUCCACCACCCGUUCCAAACCCAUCCACAAAAUUGACAUCCCCGCCUUCGACUGGCCCCAAGCCACCUUCCCUCAGCUCAAAUACCCCCUGGAAGACCACGUCGCCGAGAACGAAGCCGCCGAACGCGCCUCCCUCGAGGAGGUUGAACAUCUUAUUCAGACGCACCACGCAAAACCCGCGGCCGUUGUAGUUGAGCCCAUCCAAUCCGAAGGAGGCGACAACCACGCCUCGCCCGCCUUCUUCCGAGGCCUCCGCGAGAUCACCGCCCGGCACGGCGUCCUCCUCAUCGUCGACGAAGUCCAGACCGGCGUGGGCGCAACGGGCCGCUUCUGGGCCCACGAGCACUGGGACCUCCCCUCCCCGCCCGACAUGGUCACCUUCUCCAAGAAGGCCCAGGCCGCGGGCUACUACUACGCCGACCCGGCCCUCCGCCCCAACCUGCCCUACCGCCAGUUCAACACGUGGAUGGGCGACCCCGUCCGCGCCCUCCUCUUCCGCGCCAUCUUCGAACAGAUCCAGCAGCGCGGCCUCGUCGCCCAGGCCGCCCGCGUCGGCGACUACCUCUACGCCGGCAUGCAGCGCAUUGCCGAGCGGUACCCCGACCAGGUCGCCAACUUGCGCGGCAAGGACCGCGGCACCUUCAUCGCUUUCGACAGCCCCAGGCGCGACGAGGUCCUGCACCGCGCCAAGUCCCUGGGCGUCAACGUGGGCGGUUCCGGCGCCACAGCUGUCCGCUUGCGACCUAUGCUGGUGUUCGAGGAGCGCCAUGCUGAUAUAUUCCUGGAGGUCUUGGAGAAGAUUGUGGCGUCUUGACGUCUUGGGGGGAAAUUGUUCUUAUUUACUCGGGAUUUUCUUUUGUCUCAUUUAUGGUCCAGGAUCGAAGCGUGACGUACGGUGAUAAUGUUUUCAACACUAAGGUUAUGAUACGAGUUAUCCGAACGAAUUUGUUCGUCGAGAGUAAUUCCACCUAUUGUUUUGUUACAUCUCGUCACUUGCUUU